CGGGGCCGGCUUGGGCUUGGUCACCAGACGCGCAAACCAGAACCGGUCUACGAGUCCCCGGCCCCUCCAUGCGGUCCACUACUUGUGGAGAUCGAGCAAUAUAACCUUGGAAGAUCUCAAGAGAGUCCUCGGAUUACCUCACGCGAGUACUUGACCUCGUACACAUGGUUGGGGCGCGAUUCGCCGUCAAUCAUAAUUCCGGGCGAGCCACCUGUCUGGACUCCCCCAACCGAGGACAGGCAACUCCAAGCCGACUGUGGCGAGUAUUUACGUGACCCAAAUGCUGCUAGAUAUCCUGCCUAUCCAUGGGAGGCGGCCUUUACAGCGAUCGAAAAGCAGUGUCCCGAAUAUGAUCUCGCCAACACCGAUAUUGUGACCUGCUCCAGUACUUUGGGCAAUCUCAAUCGUUUUGCCCGAGGGGUCGACAAAAGCUUCAGGUUUGUCCUAGAAACGGUGGGCGACACCGUUUUUUUCAUUAGACGGGAGAACUCGCCAACCGACUUGAUACCUGAUGUUCGAGGGUACGGGCACACAUUCCUGGACGAGUACACAAUUUGGAGGCCUGGUCUUGCCGGUUCAGAGUCCCAUCAACGAAUCAUUCAGUAUGACUUUGGUGGCCUUCAUUUCCUCGUUCGUUUUGAGUCGGACGGAUACAUCCCAGAGAAGAAGAUGCAACAACAAGAGUGCCGUAGCUCUGACAGUGAAAGAAGAAUGCCAUAUGAAACUCUGGAGGCUGAAGUUGACAGUCUGGUAAGUAAGCUCGGAGGAGACCACACUGUGGAACCAGCCCAAAGCUCCGGAGAUUUGAAAGUUCGCGAAGGAGGACGGUCGAUCUCCCAGAGCGCCAUCAUUGACAUCAAGACACGCUCAAUGUUUGACUUCCAGACCCGUACCGUGAGAAAAGAGAUCGAUAUGACAGAUCUGAGUCCUCGCCUCUGGGUGUCACAGAUCCCAACUCUGGUCGUGGCGUAUCACGACCGGGGUUUGUUCACUGAUAUUCGGGUGCAAGACAUGCGAGACCAAAUCACGCAAUGGGAGCGAGACAAGCAAGAGCUACUGAAGCGGCUGGCAUGGGUUCUUCAUGAGCUUGUGCAGUAUGCAAAAAGCUCAAUGACUCGGCUUGAAGUGUGCCGAACGGAUUCCGGGCCUCUUCAGAUCCGUCGAGUGAUUGGAGACGCUCCGGUAGCUUUGUCUCCUGGAUUGAAGGCCCGGUGG